AGCUGGAGGCAGAUGUGGGGGAAGCGCUUCCCUCCCCGAGCCCUGAUCAAAUUUCCAGAAAAAGAAGAAGGGGAAAGCAGCAAAGGGCCCGGCUCCGCUUCUCUCCAGCCUGCUCCGCUCGCGCCCCUCUGCCCGAGCCAGGAGCAACAUGCUUUGGAAAAGUCUGGCCCUCUUCGCCCUUGUGGCCAUCGCCCGGCUGCAGGCUGAGGAAGAGCCAAAGAGCAAAUCCAAAAUCUGUGCCAAUGUUUUCUGUGGAGCCGGGCGGGAGUGUGCAGUGACAGAGAAGGGGGAGCCCAGCUGCCUCUGCAUCGAGCAAUGCAAACCUCAUAAGAGGCCUGUGUGUGGCAGCAAUGGCAAGACGUACCUGAACCACUGCGAGUUGCAUCGUGAUGCCUGCCUUACUGGCUCCAAGAUUCAGGUGGACUAUGAUGGCCACUGUAAAGAGAGGAAGUCUGAGAAUCCAGCUGCAAGCCCAGUUGUUUGCUACCAGUCUGACAGGGACGAGCUCCGGCGCCGCAUUAUCCAAUGGCUUGAGGCCGAGAUCGUCCCAGAUGGCUGGUUCUCAAAGGGCAGCAAUUACAGCGAAGUCCUGGACAAGUAUUUCAAGAGCUUCGAUGGUGGGGAUUCUCGCCUGGACUCCAAUGAGUUCCUGAAGUUUGUGGAACAGAAUGAAACUGCUAUUAACAUCACCACCUAUGUGGACCAAGAGACCAACAAGCUACUCAGGGGACUCUGUGUGGAUGCCCUCAUUGAGCUGUCUGAUGAGAAUGCCGACUGGAAACUCAGCUUCAAUGAGUUCCUCAAGUGCCUCAAUCCGUCCUUCAACCCACCAGAGAAAAAAUGUGCCCUUGAAGAUGAAACAUAUGAGGAUGGAGCUGAGACCCAAGUGGAGUGCAACCGCUGCGUCUGUGCCUGUGGGAACUGGGUGUGCACUGCCAUGACCUGUGAGGGGAAGAGCCAGAAGGUGCCUGUAGGGGGGCAGCAACCCGAGGAGGAGCUGACUGAGGAGGAGCUGGCCAGAUACGUUCAAGAACUGCAAAAGCAUCAGGAGACGGCUGAGAAGACCAAGCGAAUGAGCACCAAAGAGAUGUAAGGGACCUCCUCACUGGAGGAGCCCAGGGAACAGGCCAGAUCCGCUGUCCUGUCCUUCAGCGCCAACCUCAAUAUGCACAAGUGUCUUCUACAGUCGCCCAGUCACAGAUAUUUACAUUGUUUAGCAAUGAGGUUUUUGUUUUGUUAUUAAAAAAGGAAGCAGGGGAGGGGAGCACAGUCCACCUGGUUGGGGAAGUCACUGCUGGAGACUAGUGAGAACAGGAGGGAAUUACAGCAGCCUCUAGGAUAUCCCUCACAGAGGACAUCUUCUCUGCAGUCCAGAGAGAGGGCCAACUAAGGCAAUGAGCAGGGAAUUCUGUGCCAAAAGGAAAACCUGGGGAAGAGGGAGGUAAGUGCUGGAGGGGGGGGUUAACCUCCUGGGAAUCUUCCAGUUUCUAGGGUUUAAGAUGCACCCGCUUUGGCAGCAGGAACAUGUAAGGGAAUGUUCUGUGGCUGAGCAUACAUCCUAUGGGGCACAAUCAGCCAGGGAUGUGGCCUCAGGUCACCAUCUUCUUGUCUUCCCUGUGCCUUUCUGCCUUCCCCCAACCUCCUUCUCUCCUGUUCUCCUUUCUGUCCUUUCCCCAUCCUCCCUGUCCACCUGGCACUGUCUUUCCCCCUCCAGCUUCCAUGGGCCUCACCUCAGGCAUCUCCCCUUGUGUUAAUUGACUACUUGACUCCUGGAGUUCCUAGUGAGCUGCCCAGCAUGCGCCUCCCUGCCUGCAGCCAGCCACUCCUAGCAACUCCUACAAUGCCUUGUGGGCCCCAAAGUCACACUAUUCCCUUUGACAUCUUCCUGGCCCCCUCUCUCCAGUCCCAUCACAAAGAUUCUACAUUACAAUAUUUUCUCUUAUCACACUCACACCCUUUUUGUUUUACAACUUUAUUUUCUAGGGUAGCAACUGAGCUUUUGUAUUUUUAGGCAGUAGCUUUAGAUAUUUUGCUAUUGAAAGUGCUUCAAAUCCUGUGCCUGGUUUGCAUUUGCCUGUAUCCAGCACGUACGAUCAGCACAACAGCUUCAGGGCACCUCUCAGCUUAGUGCUGCAGUGUCCCUCACAGUAGAGGGAGACAGGAUUCGAUAUAGUAAAUAUAAAGGGGAUUCUUUAUUGAGGCUGCUGGACACAGACAGACCCUGUGCUUCUCUCUCUGACUCUCUAGUGUGCAGACUAUCCCACCCUGUGCUGCCAGGUUUUACCGCAGGAGGUCUCCCUAAAUCACAUGAAUGCCUGGAAGGAAGUGCAGGCUACACUAAAUAAGGGACAGAGGGACUGUCCUUCUACCCCGAUAUAACGCGACCCGAUAUAACAUGAAUUCAGAUAUAACGUGGUAAAGCAGUGCUCCAGGGGGGCA